AUGGGAAUACAUCUAGAGCUUUAUAUUAAUUUUUAUCAUGCAAAUUCAUGCUAUCUCAUUCUCAUAGAAAAUCCUGAACCUGGAAAAUCUCUUAAUGUUCAUGAUGCAAUUCCUUUCAGGCAGGGUGCUUGUGUUUUUACCUUGACUGAUGUCAAAGAGAUUGAUGCUCUGUUAUCUGGCUUUGAUAUCUUUGAAAUGAGAGAAGUUGGCCCACUGAUUCUUGCAUGGGCAGUGUUUCUUUGUCUGAUUUCAUCACUUCCUCGAAAAGAGGAAACUAAUGAACUGACGGAGAUUGAUCAUGUUGGGUAUGCUCGCCAAGCUUUUGAGGCUUCAUCUUUGAGUUAUUUCCUUGAAAUCGUUCAAAGUGACAUCUUGAAGGAAUCAGAUGGACCUGUUGCUGGUUAUCGAAGUGUCUUGAGAACUUUUAUUUCUGCAUUCAUUGCAUCUUAUGAAAUUAGUCUUCAGGUGGAGGAUGGUACCUUUAAUUUGAUAUUGGAUAUUCUUUGCUAUGUUUAUCGAGGAGAGGAGUCACUUUGUAUUCAAUUUUUGGGACAGAGCAAGUUUCAUUGA